UACAUAUCAUCCACUCCCUCCCUAUCUCUCUCUAUAUCUAUAUCUAUAUCUAUAUAUAUCUCUAUAUGUAUAUGUGUAUACACAUAAAAACAAUUAAACAUUUGUGUACCCUCUACCAUUUUUUGAUUAUUGUGUAAAACAAAGGGUGGAGAAAAUAUAGUUUGGUACAUUAUUGUCCCCUCUGGUGCUGGUUCUUGCAAAAAAAUUUGUUGGUGGGUGGCAAUUAAGGGUGAAGAUUUUGUUGUUGCAAGAAUCAAAUCUGGAGUAUUAAAAGAUAGAAUCUUUGCAAGUUUUAGUGAAAAGGGUGUUGGUUGAUUUGGGGGUUGAAUGGUGUAAAUCAAAAUUAGGAUUUGUCGUAGAGGAGAGAAAAAUGGGAUCUUAUCAACUAAUUAGAGAGAAGAAAGAUGCAAGAUUAAGAUGGGAUCCACAACAAGGGGAUGUUAUAGUUGAAGGAGAAGGGAAGAAUUUAUCUUUAUCUCCUAGGAUUGAGGUUAUUACAAGUGAUGCAACAAGUAAUAAUAAUGAUUUAGAGUUGUCUUUUCAGAAAUCACCGACAUCUCCUUUGUCUACAUUGCCUAAAUCUAGUGGUGAUCAUGGUGGACCUCAUUUUCGUAAGUCUAAGAGUGGAGGGAGUGCUCGUCUUCUUUCUCUUGACAUUUUUCGAGGGAUCACUGUUGCGUUAAUGAUAUUCGUGGAAUACGCUGGUGGAAUUUAUCCUGCUAUCAAUCAUUCACCAUGGGAUGGUAUAACCCUGGCAGAUUUUGUCAUGCCAUUUUUCCUCUUCAUUGUUGGAGUGUCGCUUGCACUUGCGUACAAGAACAUGCCCUGCAGACUGACUGCGACUGGAAAAGCAAUUCACCGCGCGCUUAAGCUUCUCAUCCUUGGACUCUUUCUUCAAGGAGGCUAUUUUCAUGGUGUCAAAAAUCUAACUUAUGGUGUGGACAUUGAGAGAAUCAGAUGGAUGGGUAUAUUGCAAAGAAUUGCAAUAUCAUUUUUGUUGGCAGCAAUGUGUGAAAUCUGGCUCAAGGGUGAUAAUAAAGUCAAUUCAGGACAAUCUUUGUUGAAGAGAUACCAUCAACAAUGGGCCAUGGCUAUAAUGGUUACUGCUUUAUACCUUUCUUUGUUCUACGGUUUAUAUGUUCCUGACUGGGAAUAUCAGAUGCCAAUGGACAUAUCUUCUUCAGAAGCAAAGAUAUUCACAGUGAAAUGUGGUGUACGGGGAGACAGUGGACCAGCAUGUAAUGCUGUUGGAAUGAUUGACCGAAAAAUAUUGGGUAUUCAACACUUAUAUGAAAGAGCCAUUUAUGGACGAUCAAAAGAAUGUAGUGUCAACUCCCCUAACAACGGUCCCCUUCCUCUAGAUGCUCCAUCAUGGUGUCAAGCCCCUUUCGACCCAGAAGGACUUUUGAGCUCAUUGAUGGCUAUUGUAACUUGCUUCGUUGGUUUGCAUUACGGACACAUCAUUGUUCAUUUCAAGGAUCAUAAAGUUAGAAUUCAGCAAUGGUUGGUACCAUCCUCUUGUCUCGUACUGUUGGGUGUAACAUGUGAUUGCCUCGGGAUGCACGCAAACAAGGUUUUGUACUCCUUCAGUUAUAUGUGUAUUACUGCUGGCUCUGCUGGCUUUCUCUUCACUGCAGUCUAUAUGAUGGUUGAUGUGUGGGGCUAUAGACACUGGACCACAAUACUGAAAUGGAUGGGAACGAACGCGUUGCUGAUUUACAUUCUUGUAUCGUGCAACAUCCUGCCCGUUCUUUUGCAGGGAUUCUACUGGAGGCGGCCUGAAAAUAAUAUUCUCACGAUGAUUGGUGUCGGACCUAAGAAGUAGCAGAGAGCAAUAACCGGCAUGCUGAGGCGCUAAAGCAUUUAUCACCAAUGCUUGAUAAUUUUUUCGCGGAAUGAAAUCUUCAGAGCGAGCUUAGUACGAGGCAAAAAUCUCUCCAUCUUACGCGUGACACUCUCUAUAUGUAAAUUUAUGUAUAUGUAUAAUUGGCUUGCGAGUGCACGAAACACACACACACGUCAUAUUUUAUUAGCUCGUCGAUCUAUUGACAGAAACGCGGUUUUUAUGAAUGAGAAAUCUGCUCAUAGAAGCAGCAGAGGUAUUACCUCAGGACAAUGAAGAUUUUCUCUUUGGUAAACUGCAGUAGUUAGUUUUUAGGUCCAGUGAGAUUGGCUUUCAUCACACACUACUUCUUGCUGUAUUAAUAUCAGACUAGUUGAGGUCGGUUAUAUGAAUCCUCCAUUUAUCUACUUUUCUAUAUUCA